UUAAUAUUCAAGCAUAGUUCAAAACUAGAUAAAGAGCUACAUUGAUCAGUUUAUUCGACCACUAAAUUAAUGAAAUUUAUUUAUGGGUCAUAUAACAAUUUGAGUCUAUUUUUAGAGAGAUACUCUGAUCUCUCAUUUGUUAAGAAAGAUGGUAUUCUUGUGGUUCCACCUUGUGAUAAUAUAUUCAUAAGCUUAUUCCCAGAGAAGAAUCAUAAUGUUUCCAAAUUCUUAGCAAACUCUAUAGCAAACAGUGUCUGCAAUCUUGAACUAUUCCUACGGAACAAAUUAUGGCCUAUCAAUAACUAUUUCCCAGAAUUUAUGAGAAUCAGUUCUAAAGUUCUACAGAGUGUGUGCUUUGGAGAUUUCAGAAUUAAUCAGAAGCAACUCCAAAGAAUAAUAUCUGCAUUCAGACAUGUGGGAAAUAUUAGCAUCUUUAGAUGUGCUAUUUCUGUUCAAAAAGUUCCUAAUUUCAAGUAUGCAUUGAAGAACUGUAAAAUUAAAACAUUUGUCUUAAGUAACACCGGCCGCUCCAUUUUAAAAUCCUUAUUUCAGACUCCAGAAGAAUUUAUAAACCUGGUCGAAGGGCUUUCUACAUCCCCUGACUUCAACCAAAGCUUGGAAACAUUCAAAAUCCUCUCUCUCCCAUACAAUGAAUCCUGCAUCAGGAAUAUUUUGAACACCUACAACUUCAAAACUGCCAUAAUCAAAAAAUCUUGGUUCUAA